CCGAGAAGUGCUGGCACGGUCGCAACAACAUGAAGGGCGCCUGAUUCAAUCGAGGAGAAAGAGAAGAGGGCGAGAUAUCGCGGCGGUGGACCGGAAUAGGCAGAGGUGGCGGUCGCCCAGCGACCGAGGGAGGGAAUUGCGAGUGGAUACGGGGAUCGAAUCGGUAAAGGGGACCGGGGAGGUGGUUGGGUAUUCGAGUGGUAGGAGAAUGAUCCGGGGAAGAUGAGGUGAGGGUGAUGGCAAAAAAAGAAUGUCUCCCAAGAGUAAGAUGAGAAACAAUUCAAAUCAAUCAGAGGAGGAGGGGAAGGGGGGAGGGAGGAGAGGGGAGGAGAGGAGGAGAGGAGUUGAGUUGAGUAAAGGUGAGAAAGUGAGAAGGGGAAAUUGGUUGGAGAGGAGUAGUAGAGGACUAAGCAGCAGCAGCAGCAACAGCAGCAGCAGCGGCGGCGGAUGGAACAGUUCCCGUCAGGGGAAAUUGAAAACGAAACGAUCCGGUGUUGGGCCGCACUUGGCAAGGGCGGGGCCAACGGCAGGCAGUGAGAGAGAGAGUGUGAGAGAAAAGGAUUCACGUUGAUUAAAUUUGGAUUGGUACAAUGUGCAAUAGAUGAAGAGAAGAAAAGGAAGUGCGUGUGUGUAUGAUAA